GUUCAUAUGUUUUAUUGUAAUUCUGCUUCAUUUUAUUCUACAGUUACAAGACUUCACUUGAGCUCCUUAGCUCCACUGAACUUCAAUCUGAACAUGGUGACAGUUGGCAUGUUACUGAUUGUCCUCUUUCUUUCAGGUGCUUUGGCUUUUUGUUCUGAUGAAACAGCACUCUUCAUAAAUGCGUCAAAGCAGCUGGAAGCACUGAGUGGAUCUUGUUUGCAAAUCCCAUGUAGCUUCAGACCCAAAGAAGAACAGAAAUUUAAGAGCCCAAGAAAAAUCUUUGGAGUGUGGAUUAAAAAUCGACCCGAAUUUGGCAAUAAUCCAAACAAUGUGAUCUUCAACAGUAAUGGAGCAGUUAGCAUCUAUCCAAUGAGUAUUACUGGGGACCUGAGUCAGAGAGACUGCACCACUCUGUUUACUAAUUUAACCACCACAUACACAGACAAAUACUUCUUCAGAGUAGAGAGUGAACCAUUCAAGGCAACAGCAGAAUGUGAUUCUCUUCAAAUAACAGUCAGAGAUUCUCCUUGGAGGCCCAAUAUUACAAUCCCAGGUGAUCUGAAGGAGAAGGAGUCUGUCACUAUUACCUGCUCAGCUCUCACUCCCUGUCCACACUCCCCUCCUCAACUCACCUGGAAUCUCCAACAAGACUCUCACAACAAAAUAGAGGAAAACACAGAUGGAAACUUUACAACUAAAAUCCAGCAGACCAUCACUCUGUCAGACACACAUGAUGGAAAGAAGAUCAGCUGCUCUGCCAGAUAUCCUGUGAACCAAGGAAAAGACACCAAGACAGCAGAGACAGAAGAGACUCUCAGUGUUUCAUAUGCUCCUAAGUACACCUCAGCUUUCAUCAGUCCAUCAGGUUUGGUGUCAGCAGGCAGCUGGGUGAACCUGACCUGCUCCAGCAGAGCCAAACCUCCAGUCAGCAGCUUCACCUGGUUCAAGAAGAGCAGAGAUGGAGCUGUGAAAGUAUCUGAAGGAGAGAUUUACAGCUUCAAUGUAACAGAUGGAGGAGUUUAUUACUGUGUGGCCACUAAUGAUCUGGGUAAUCAGACAUCAGGAGAGAUUCAUCUAACUCUUACUUACUGUGAAGGUGGAACACUGGAUGGUGUCUACACUAUAGUGAAGACUGUGGGAAUCAUAAUACUUGUGAGCGCACUGGGCAUGUUUGAGUGCUGGUUCAGAUCAAGACGCUCCAACAAUCCAAAGACAGAAAGCUGUCAGAUGAGCAGAGUCACAUCACAACACAUCAACUAAAGUUUCUGCAGGACAAACUCCACCUUAAAGUAUCACUUAAUUCACUGCAAUGUUGUAGAAUUAGUAGAAUCUUUACAUGUUUGGAUAUUUCUUUAUAGUUUGAUCUUCAACAGCUGUACAUGACCAUCAUACUCUGAGUACAGAGAUGGAAAUAUCAUUCCUCAAGCCAGUGCUGUCUUCCCAAAAGUAAACUGUUCAGUUUUGCAUCUUUAGAGCCAGAUUUACUAAACAGAGCAAAAUAGCAUGCCCAAAUGUUUCUGAUAGGUCUGGUAAGUUUUACAGGCACAGUCAGUUCAUUUCAUAAACUAACUGGGGAUUAAUCCUUCAGGGAGAAAUUAAGAUGUAGCUACAUUAUAACCAUUAUCUGGAAAUCAUGAAUCAAACAAUUUUAUAAGUCCAUUUGUGUACUUGAUUCAAAUAUUGUACUUUCUAUUUUACGCCUUCAGUAAGGACUUCCCUGAAAUUAACAUGCAAGAGGGUCGGUGUAGAAAACCACUGACCACUCUUUGUCUAAUAGUCUAUGUUCAUCGUUUCUCUUAAAGCUGUAAUAGUAAUAUGUAAUUUAUCCUUUCUCCCUGUCAUCUUAAAACCACAUGUUGAUGAACAAAUUAUCAUUUAUACACAAUUUUCUGAAUGUAUUCUGUGAACAUGGGAGGUAGAUACCUUCUUUCUGUAAAUAUUCUCAGCUUAC